AUGGGACCCGGAAUGAUACCGACAGCGACCUGGGCAGCGCGGAGUACGGUGCCGACGGAGGUGACAGCGAUUGAGAAGGGACUGCAGCUGCCGAGCAGGGAGCUGACGGCAGUGAAUAUGUCGGUGGCAACGCAGGAGGUGGAGAAGGAGGGGCCAGCGGCAGCAGGGGCCCCGGAGGUGGCACCUCGGGAGUGGCAGCAGCAGCUACGACUGCAGCAGCCGGGAAGGGGUGUGUACGGGGCUCCAAGAUGGCGGCCGCAGGGUCUGCAGCUCCGGCCGUCGCAGGGGCAGCAAACCCAACGGCAGCUAUUGCACCAGCGACCACCUUGUGGGCGCGUGCUGGCGCUCAUUGGGAACAACAAAAGCAAGAUACCACCCGAGACCACACUCAGCGCUGUGAAGGCAAAACCCCCGAAACAGCUGCGAACCGAGGGCACCAUUGGACUCACGUACACGGCUUCACCAGGCACUCUGGAGCGAGCGAGCUACAGACCGCCAGCCGGACGCGAUCCACGAGUACAAGGGCCGGAUAGCCGGGGCGUCGAUGCGGAAGGGUUCCGACUCGUGGCGGGAAGUACACGAAACGGGCAG